AACAAUACCUGAAAAUGAGUGGAAGAGGAAAAGGAGGAAAGGGACUCGGCAAAGGAGGCGCCAAGCGUCACCGUAAAGUUCUUCGUGAUAACAUCCAGGGCAUCACCAAGCCAGCUAUCCGCCGUCUGGCUCGCCGUGGCGGAGUGAAGCGUAUCUCUGGUCUGAUCUACGAGGAGACCCGUGGGGUGCUGAAGGUCUUCCUUGAGAAUGUGAUCCGUGAUGCCGUCACCUACACCGAGCAUGCCAAGAGAAAGACUGUGACCGCCAUGGAUGUGGUGUAUGCCCUGAAGAGGCAGGGCCGCACUCUGUACGGCUUCGGAGGUUAGACAUCUACACCCUGAUAUAC